AUGAUGAUUGGGAACUGUAUUAGAAGGUAUGCAACUUCUUCAUCCUCUUCUUCGUCAGCUGCUGCUGCUGCUGCAUCAUUCAUUUCAACAACAGAGAAAUAUUUGUAUAGUUGGGGUACAUCAUGGAGUGGAUCAUUGGGACUUGGCAAUGUAACCGAUCAGAUCGUAUCACUCUAUGCUUCACAUCAAGGACAAGAGCAACGACCAAAGCAAGUUAUCGUCUCAAUGUCUGCUGGUGGAUUUCAUUCUGUUAUUAGUGUUGAGGAACCAAAUGGAGAUUAUAAUACAUAUGCAUUUGGUCGAAACUCUGAAAGACAAUUGGGUAUUGAUACACAUGACCAUCAACAUGAUAUGGUGUAUGAUCCAACACCAAUACCAAGUCUAAGAGGAAAGAAGAUUAUUCAUAUUUCUUGUGGUCCCAAUUAUACAAUUGUAGUUGAUCAAAACAAUAAUAUAUAUUCAUUUGGUAUGAAUGAUAUGGGACAAUGUGGUAUAAAAGUUGAUAGUAAUAAUAGAGUUGUUAGUAAACCUACUAAACUUGAUUUUGGUACCAAUCAUCUUGGACUUGGAAAGAUAGAACAAAUAGAUUCUGGAUGGGGUCAUUCAAUCUUUACAACUGAUAAGAAUGAAAUGUUUGUUUGGGGAUCAAACUUGCAUGGACAAUGUGGAAUUGGAACCAAAGGCAGAGAUAUUGUGACACUUAGACAGAUUGAUAUUGGUGCAUCUGUUGCAAAGAUACAUAGUAUUUCAUGUGCUUCGUGUGCAUCGGUUGCUGUAGUAGAGAGAACCAACCGAGACAAUGAUACGUUGAUAUGGGGAUCAUGUGGUGACGGUAAAUUGGGUGGUGAACAAACACAAGACCAACUAAUUCCCACUGUCAUGUCUAAUCUUCCCAAAUCAAUUAUAUCUGCAUCUUUUGGAACCGAUCAUUGUAUUGCUAUUGAUAAGAACAAGAGUAAUGAUCGAUCAUCAACCACUCUAUAUGGUUGGGGAUUCGGACAACAUGGUACACUUGGUAAAUCACUCAAAGUAUUCAAAACACCUGAAAUCCUUACAUCACUCACCGAUGAAAUAGCAGCCGACAUAAAUAACAAUAAUAGAUAUGAAAUUGAUAAUAUUCAAUGUUCAAUUGAUACUUCAUUUGCAAUUACAAAAAACAAUUAA